AUGCCUCUUAUUAACGAAUCUCACGACUCUCUACCUUACGUCGACGCUGAACCUUCAGCCGUUGCGCGCCAGCGAGCCCAGCAGCUCAUCAACGCCGAAUUGUCCGCCGAACACGCGACAACUAUUCAUCCCUCCAUUCCUCCAGCUCCAGAAUCAAGUUUCUCCUCUCUCAUUCAACAAGAAUUGGAGCGCAAGGCGAAUGGCGCGCCUCUCACUGGUGGAAUCGAUCUCACUCGUUACGAAGCACCCGAACCUCCUACUCGUGCCGCAGCCGGCGAAACCCCCAAUCUAGACGAAUGGCGUCAGGCUUUACAAAAAGCCUACAAGUCCAGCUCUCAUCUCUCCAAGCGCCAUGAGAAUCUUACUCUGCUCGAUGAAAACGGCAAGAACGCGUGGUUGAUUGGUAACUCGCAGCUCGAGUAUAUCCUACAUGGCCUUGAGAAGGAGCUGGCGGAAACUAAGGAGGCUGCGGAGGAGGUGAAUAAGCAACGUAAAAUUGCACAAGAGGCCAGAUAUGGCGAGUUGUCAAGUCUGGAGGAUACGUGGAAGCGCGGUGUUGGUGCCAUUUUGGAUGUGGAGUUGGCAUCUGAGGGUCUGCGCAUGCAGAUUUUGGAACACCGACGACAGACCGCGCAGCAGCAAUCGCGCUGA